AUGCCCUGGUACCUCUCCGUCAUCCAUGAGAAGGAAGUCCAGCGCCUCUCCAAGCUGGAGACGCAGAUUCAGAAGAAAGACGAGGAGAUUUUAGCACUCCAGGAGGAAAGGGAGGCCCUGAAGAAGCAGCUGAAAUCCGUCCUCAAAAGCAAAGGGCAAGAGAUCCCUGUGCCCCAGUAUAAGAGGGAGCGGCCCUCUGAGGCUACAGUGAGGGUGGGCAGGUUGAGCAUCCUGAAGAUGGCCCACAGGGACAGGGAGGACGAGCUGUGGUGCUACGAGCAGGUGCGGCUCCGCCCAGGAGCCCCGGGCUGCCUCAGGCAGUGGGAGGGAGACCUGGCCCCAAGGUAUUCCUGCCCGCAGCCCUGACCUGGGGUGGCCCUCGGCACGGGCUCUCAGCCACCCUCUGGCCUGGCCCAGCCCCCUGCCUUCCCCUCGUAGGUGCAAGAGGAGUGUGCGGUGGCUGAGGAGAGAGGCAAGGAGGAAGAGGGUCCACAAGGGGAGUCCCCGGGGGCGGAGGGCGAGAGAGUGAAGGGUCGGGUGGGCGAGACGGUGGCUGAGCACCCGGAGGCCAACGAGGAGGAGGAGAAGGAGGAAGCGGAGAAAGAAGAGGAGGAGGAGGAGAAGGAGGAAGAGGAGGAGAAGGAGGAGGAUGAGGAGCUGCUGGAGGAGGAGGAGGAGCUGGCCCAGGGAAGCACCUCCACUCCGGGCGAGUCCUUUGAGGAGGAGCUGCUGGCCCAGCUGGAGGAGUACGAGCAGGUGAUCCUGGAGUUCCAGUACGAGCUGGAGGUCACCAGGAACAGAUACUCCCUGUCGACAGGCGCCAUCACGUCCUUACAGCAGCAAGUGAACUUCCUAGAAUCCCAGCUGCGGAAGGUCAACACCGAGAAGGACACGCUCCAGAAGGAGCUCCGGGAGCGGAAGCAGCAGCUGCAGGCCAUGAGCGAGAAGUUCUCCAACCUUCGUGAGGAUAAGAAACACCAGGAGAUGAUGGGGUGUAUCGAGAAGGACAACCUUCUCCUCCGGCAGCGGGUGUCAGAGUUGGAAGGUGAGCUCAGGAAGCAGGACAACGUCAUUUCCGAGCUGGAGGCCAGGGUCAGCCAGCUGCAGACCCAGGUUGAGCAGGAUGAGAACAGCCUGCAGAGGUGGAAGCGGCUGCAGGAGGACCAGCAGAGCAGGAUGGAGGCGGUGCGGCAGGAGGAGCAGCUGACCCACGUGGCCCUGGAGAGCGCCCAGGCCAGGCUUGAAAGACUAAGGAGUAAGAUCAUCCAGGCCACAUUUAGCAUCUCUGGGGCCAAGUCCUUGACCAGCGAGAUCACUGAUAAUGACAUCCUGGAAGCUCUGCAGCUGAUCAUCACAGAGAGAACCGACUACUACAACCAGCUGAAGCAGAAAGGCGUCAAAGUACCCCCCCUGCACCAGACGGAGAUCACCUUACCCACCAAGUUGAAGAAGGGGACCUCCAAGUAG